AUGGACCAAAGUCAAAAUCAGAUAAAUUACGCCCAAAACGCUGCUGGCCUGGCCAAUUACAAUGUUGACGGUCCAAGAAUUUUCUUCAUCCCCUACAUAUUUAACAACGGCAGUAAUAACUACAAUCGCACAAACAGACUGACAGACGAAAACAACAACAACAAAACCAACAACAAAACAGCAGUCGUCAGAAGAGCCAGCAACUCCAAACUGCGUGCAACGAGAAGAAAUGCAACUCAGACGGGACUAACACCCAACCAGAUCACCUGGAUUGUACUGGGAACAAUCGCCGGUCUCAUCCUUCUUGGAACGGUCAUCUUCCUAAUUGUGUACUUUGUCACCCUCAACAAAACAGCCAACCAACCCACAAAUGGUUGUCUGACUGAAGGCUACGUACAUUACUGUAACGCCACUGGCGCCUGCAUCAGCCAGAAGCAGCUGUGCGACCGUUACCAAGAUUGUCCAGAUGACUUCGAUGAGUCUAAUUGCUUCCAGUGCACAACUAGCCAGUUCAAAUGCAAGAAGGGAAACAAAUGCGUCGACCAGCAAUUCAGAUGUGAUGGUGUUUCACAAUGCCCAGACUCCUCUGAUGAAAGUUCAUGCUUAUCGUUAUCAGCACCAAGCAACAUAACGAAGGCCCAGUUUAACGGAAGUGUUGGUUAUGAUUAUUAUAUCUGCGCCUGUGGCAGCAGACCACUAAACAGUUCGCUGCCCUACAGCUCGUACAUCAUCAACGGGUUGGCGGCCUCAGCCGGGGCAUGGCCCUGGUUAGGCCUUUUUGAGACUGCCACCUCGCUCUGUGGGGCCACACUGAUCAAUCAUAAUUGGGCCCUCACCGCGGCACACUGCGUAUUGGAUACCCAAGGAACCAUCAAAACCGGCACAACGACAGUAACAUUCGGUUCGACGCUACUCGACUACAAAACCGACCCACAAGCCGAAUCCUACGUUGUCGAAUCAUUUCUAGUUCAUCCAGAAUAUACCGGGUCAACGGGCAACGACAUAGUCGCGGAUUUCGCGUUAAUGAAGUUGGCAAGGAGUGUCGUGUAUACGAAUUUUAUAGCACCUGUUUGCUUGCCCGGGCCUAACGAUAAUAAUAAUCUGGAUCUGAAGUAUAAAGUGUGUGCUAGCAUUGGGUUUGGGAAUACUAAUAAAGGCCAGACUUCAACUCGCCUUCUCCAAUCACGAAUGAACAUAAAAAGUGACGCCCAGUGUAUAAGCCUCUUGACCACGUACGAUAACCCGACUAGCUACCUGAAGAAGCUUUGCAUCGGAUCGGACCCUGGCUACAUGCUUAACAACAUCUGCUUCGGUGACAGUGGGGGGCCCCUCAGUUGCAAGGGGGAGAAUAAUUUGUGGUACUUAGUCGGGGUGCAUAGCUACGUUUUUCCAAAAUCAACGAGUAACUAUGGAAACGGUGAUGUGCGUAACUGCGAAGUCUCAGUGGCAGCCCGAGAGCUUACACUUUUUAAGUGCCCUGUGGUUUACCAUAUUUUAAAUGCGAACGGUGCGAACGUGGUCUCGUUCGUUCUGGAAUACGCCAUGCAGUGGUUGAAAUGUGGUGACAUUCAACAGGUGACACAAGGACUUCACAAAUGUGAUUCGUUUCUGAGUCCGACCGAAGAGUAA